AUGGCAUUCCCACAGAUGAAAAAAAGGUUUUCAUUGUUCGGUUCACCACCUUUAACACCAACAAUUUUAAGUAAUACAUCAUCAUUAUUAACCACACCACAAGAAAUAUGUGACGAUAAUAAACCCACAUCUGAUGAGAUUCGUAAAUCAUUUGAAAAUUUAGAAAAACUUGUUUUGGCUGCAGAUGAAUAUAGAGAUUGUGUGAGCAAAUUAAGUAAAAUUUCAAGAAAUUUUAGUAAAUGUUUAAAAGAUUACAGUAAUGGUAAAGGGAUUGAUAAAUCUUAUGUACAGGCUAAACUGAACAAAGCUUUACAAAAAGAAUUCGAAAUUCUACAAAGGUUCUGGGAUAAAUAUUCAAAGAAAGUUGCGGUAUAUGAAAAAGCUCAUGAUGAUCAUGUUGGAGAUUUAGAUAAGCAAAUCAAGAAAAUUAGUAAAGAUUAUGAAAAAAAAAGUAAAAAGGAUAAUAAAGCAUCUCACGAAAAAUAUGUGGCAUCGUUGACAUCCAUUGGUUCAGACGUUGCACGGGUACGAACAGAUUAUGCAGAGGAAGUGACGAGACGAGAGAAGCAUACUCAUUCUGUAAUAUCACAAAUUUUUUGCAGAUUUACUGAAGGUCAAUUCGCUUCAUUUAAUGAAUCAUUGAAGAAGUGUGAACCGAGUAUUACCAAGGUAAAGGAAUGGACACCUUUUGCCGGACAAGACAUACCUUUACCAUUGGAUCUUGAUGGUUUUUUGGAAAUGCAAACCAUGACUUUACCUGAGAGUGAUGAUAAUAAUCAUAAUAACGAACCUAUUACUUCUAAGAAACUACCGCGAAGACCUUCGUAUAGAAUAUCACAGUAUAUAGCUUCAAUAUCAGAAAUGCAAAAGGUUGCUAUGAAACAUAAAACUUCGCCACCACUAACAGAAGUUCCUAAAGAUAUCAAAAAAGAGGAAAGUUUGUUUUUCAAAUCACAAACUCCAACCGUAUCAUCUAUAGAAUCUAAUCCUGCCCCAGUUAUAACUGAGAACGAAACAAUAACUUCCACUCUCAAAUCAAAAGAAAAGCUUUCGAACGAUAAUCAUUUAACUCCAAAUUUACUUUCUAGUUUAUCAAUAGGUAUUCACGAUGAUGACAAUCCUUUUUUAAGAGAUGGCAGUAAAAUGAUAAUAGAAACCGGUGAAAAGGUAAACUCGAUAAUAAUGACGAAGGUAGAAAAUGAUCAAGAAAGAUAUGUAAAUAAUUAUGAAAGAGAAGACUCCCCAAAUCUCGAAGAAAAUCAUGUAAUCUCAUUAUCACCGAUUUAUGAUAAAAAUAUUCCCUUACAAGGCACUGCUAAAAGUAACGAUAAAAUGAUAUUAUUUAAAAAUGAUCAAUUAAAGACUGAGAAAAAUAUAAAUGAUUCGAAUUUUGAUAAUGAAAAUGAAAUUAGUAAACCCAUUGAUAAAUACUAUACAAAUGAAUAUCAAGUUACUGAAAGAAUGACAAAUGAAAGCCCUGCACCAAGUUUUGAUACAGAAAGGCUUGUAAGAUCAUUUCCUAUCGAUUUGCCUGCGAGAUCACAACCAUCAACUCCAUCCAAUUCACCAAGAGAGAAAUCAAGUGUAUGUUAUAAUAUGAAAAUGGAUCAUUAUUUAUCAGGAUAUAAUCGAGAUUUGAACUCUAUAAUAACUAUGAAUACGGAUCAUCAAGGAACGCACCCGUACCAACACUCCGACUCAUCCCAAUAUAGGGAAGAUACAAAUCACGAUUCUCGUGUGUCAUCGCCGACAACACAUUUAGCAAAAUCAUAUAUAGAUAGAUCACCACAAAGACAAUAUAACAUUCAACCUAGAAGAGCUUAUACAGAAUAUUCUUCAACUGAUAACGAUAAAAAAUGUGGGACAUUAGUUGCAGAUAUAAGAGAACGUUUAUUAUCGUUGAAUGUUAAUGAACGAAGUUCGACGACAACUUCACCACGAGACUUUCCAAAGCCAAGACAAGGCUAUGUUAAUGAAGUCAAAACAAGAUUUGUAGGCAUGAGAGAAAGUAAUAAUAACGAUACUCCACCAUAUUCUCCGAUAAAUUCAGGGAGUGAUGACAUGUAUCCCGAUCAAGUUGAAAAUUCCGAAGUAACGAUUACAACAUCCCCGAGUAAUUCCAUACUUAAUGAACAAUACAUACUUAUUUGCAAUCCAUGUCUUAUUGCUGUAGAUUAUGACAAAGAGAAUCAAAAAUCUUUAAAUUAUCAACCACCAUCGCAAAGAGCACUAACUAACAGUUUUGAUCAUUCAUAUGUCUUUC